GCCGUGGUCGUGACCACUGUGAUUGUCAGGGUUUGAUGCUCGAUAGAGGCCACACGGUCGGAUAGGCCAGAGGUAUUGGUUUCGAUUUUGGUGAUGGACGCGCGGAUGUCCGCUUGGAAAGAGGACAUCAUGCGAAUGAGGGUGGCGAUAUCGGUGGCAAUGGCGGGCUCGGAUCUUUGUUCGCCCGUAAGUUCGCAGGCGAGGCUGUCAACAGACUGGGUGUUGAUGGCGGUCAUAUCGAUGCUGGAGGAUUGGGCCAUGUUGGGGGAAGAUGGAGUGGAUGAGGUGGCUGAGGCGACGGCUGCGGAUGAGGUGGAGAGGAAACUGGAGGCAAGAAGGGUAGAAAGACCAAAGGCAUUAGUACUGGCACUUAGAGAUUUAGAGGUUGCCCUGGGUUGCCGGAACCACCGGACCAAGGAGAGACUAGCGGAACGGCGAGCGGCGAGAGAUCGUAAGAAAUUAGCAAAGGCGGUCGUUCCCCCGAAAAGGAGAAGGACCGUCAGGGAAAGUGGUGUCAUAGGUUGCACGACGCAGGGAGAAAAGAAUUGAGAAGAAAUAAUAAGGUGCCGACGCGCAAGGAUGUGACCUGGACCAAGAGGGCCACCGGGAUGCGACGUCAAGGAGGCCAAGGGGCCAUGGGCCAAGUAAAGAGCCACAACCGGA